GAGUGUGGCGCUCUAGAUCAUCGAAAAUUAGGCUAAUGGGUUCAUGACUAUAUGUUAGCUGAAGUCAUCUGACAUCUGGGCUAGGCCUGUGUAACUGUGGAGGAAAGAAAGGACAAUGAUCUUAUACAGUCAUGACAGAAAGUGAACAGAGUGGCGAAUGGACACAGCUACAUUUAAAUUUGUAUAAUUUUGACACUUCAGAAGCCCAAGACUGUCCAUAUGUCUUAACUAGUCCACGGUCCUUAGAAGCUUGCUCCAGGAUCGGUGUUAGGCCAGUCCAACUCCUUCAGAAAUCUCUUAGAGACUUUGAAGAAGAAUAUGGUAAUGGAAGAACAAAAGAUGAGGUUUUGAAACUGUUUCAAGACUAUGAAGCCAACAGAUUAAGAAAUUUAGAAAGGUGCCGAGAUGAAAGACAGAAACUCAUGCUAACAGCAUGGGAAAAGCAGAGGUCUCAAUCCCUGUCACCGAGAAACAGUGGCAUGAAAAACCAAGGGUCUUUUUCAAGCUCUGAAAAAAUAACUGGAGCUUCUUCUACAGAUCGAGAUUCUAGUUCAGAAAGAAAUGAUAACGUCACUACUUCAACAUCUUCAAGUGGGAUGGUUCCAGAAGAACAGGUGGUACAAUCCCCAAGAGCACAGUCAACUCCAAAAAACCGACCAAAGUCCAGCACUUCCACCUUGUCAGUCAGAGAUAUAAAUGUUACAAGCUUUUCGGUUCCGUCCUCGCCCUAUCGUUAUUUAUUUGAAGAAAAAGUCAGUCCUGCCAGCUCAGCACUCCUCAAAUCAAAGCUUUGUGAUUCUCCUAGAGCAAAAACCAAGUUAUAUCCAAAGGAUAUCAGGUUGAUGGAGUUGAUGGUGAAAAGAUAUCAAUACCGAAUAGAAGAAGAAGAAAAGAAAGCUGAAGCAAAAAAAAAUGGGAUAAAGAACUUCAAGACACCAGAAGGAAACAAGAACAGAGUCGAAAGCAUCAUCAGAUGAACAUGCUUAUUAAGAGUCAGAGACAAAAUACUCCUGAGAAGUGUCGAUUACGUGCUAUACGAGAAAUGUACAAUUCUCUACAGCAUCAGAAGGAGGCUAAGCUGCAUGAUGAAGAGAUGAAACACCAGGAAGCUUUAAAGAGGAAGCAAGCAUUUAUGGAAAAAAGGUCUCACAUGGUUCGUGAAAAGUCUGUCCAAAGAAAAAAGUCCCAGGAGAGAGCACUUGAGGACUGGCAUGAGAAAAAAGAUGCCCAGAAGUGGGCACACCUUGUGGAUGUAGAACGUCAACUGGACAGAGCUUCAGAAAGUAGGCUUCAGAAGGACUUUGAAAAAUACACGAAGCUCCACGAACACAACAUGGCAGAGGUAGAACUCCAGGAAGAAAUUAUACGACUUUCACGAUAUGAUAUGGAGCAACGAAGAAAAAACUUGGAGCUAAAAGAGGAGAAGGAAAAUGCAAAGAAACAAAAGU